UCCCCAUCCUGCUGUGUGCCUGACUGAGGGGCUCCUCUGUGAUAUUUACCACAGUGCCUCCUCGCCACGCACAGCGCCGGUUGCGUCGUAGUUCAGCGCGUGGCAAGGGCAUCACAAAUGGUUAGGGAAGACAAUUUGUUCCUCCGUUUGUUCAGAGAAUAGCAAAUUAAAUCGGCAGGACUCCUGAGGCGGUACAAUGGUUUGACAUUUUAGAAAGGAAUAGCCUUCUUUUUUUCCCAACGUGGGCGCAUGCAUACGAAUGAGAGUCAGAGAUGCCAAGCAGCAAGCCAGGGGCACUUGGAGAGGAUGAAGACUUGAAAUAUGAGUGGACCGGACCUUCUUUUAUGAAAUAUUAUCUAAACGACAAAUAAUUUGCAUUUUCUCACAAGGGAGGAGUUGUGGCACCGCCUCAGCCUUUGUUGGCACAUAGAUGGAUGACUUUUGUGCGAGGAUAAAGAAAGCGAAGAGUCCCUGUAACUUUAUAUAGGUCACACGUGAGCGACGCGUAAUAUCAAGUAACUCAAACAUUGCCUUUAAGUAGCAGACUUGGCGUGCGCUCUUGUGGAACUCGGGGAGGCAUCCAGGUGCGCUCCAUGUUUCGUUUAGGACACACCGGUACCGGCAGUGCCUGCGGGACAUAAAGCACAGUUGGGACUUGAGAGCAGCGUUUGGCUGUUGGCCAGUGAUGCCGGACACAUUCACAAUCAUAAAGAACCGGACAGAGCCACGGCUGGGGCAGCUAGAGCGCACACUGGCCACGGAAGGGAGCGCCCGCCCCGCCUGGGUCAUAGCAAUCCUGGCCAGCGUUUUGAUCUUCACCACGGUGGUGGACGUGCUGGGAAAUCUGCUGGUGAUCAUCUCGGUGUUCAGGAACCGCAAGCUGAGGAACUCGGGUAACGUGUUUGUGGUGAGUUUGGCCUUUGCUGACCUCGUGGUAGCCUUCUACCCCUACCCCUUGGUUCUUUAUGCUCUCUUUCAUGAUGGAUGGGCACUGGGAAACAUUCAGUGCAUGGUCAGUGGUUUCCUUAUGGGGCUGAGUGUCAUCGGUUCCAUUUUCAACAUCACUGGGAUUGCAGUGAACAGAUACUGCUACAUCUGCCACUCGUUCUCCUACAGUCGGCUGUACAGCUAUCGCAACACUCUGCUGUUUGUUGCCUUAAUUUGGCUGCUCACAGUAGUGGCAAUUGUCCCCAAUUUCUUCGUUGGCUCCCUGCGCUAUGAUCCGCGGGUGUACUCCUGCACCUUCGCCCAGAAUGUCAGCAGUUCCUACACAGUGGCAGUAGUGGUGGUUCACUUCUUGGUUCCCAUCGCAGUGGUCACCUUCUGUUAUUUACGCAUCUGGGUGCUUGUGAUUCAGGUGCGACGUAAAGUGAAGACAGAGGAGAGCCCUCGCCUCAGACCAAGUGACUUGCGGAAUUUCAUCACCAUGUUUGUGGUCUUUGUGCUCUUUGCCAUCUGCUGGGCUCCGCUCAACCUGAUUGGCUUGGCGGUGGCCAUAGAUCCGUCCCGUGUGGCUCCCCGUAUCCCCGAGUGGCUUUUCGUGGUCAGCUACUUCAUGGCCUACUUCAAUAGCUGUCUGAAUGCCAUCAUCUAUGGCUUACUCAACAGGAAUUUUAGGAACGAGUACAAACGCAUUGUCACCUCCGUCUGGGUGACUCGGCUUUUUGUGACAGAGACUUCGCGAGCCGCCACGGACGGCAGGAGCAUGAGGAGCAAGCAAUCGCCGCCUCCGCCGCUCAACAACAAUGAGUCGGUCAGAGAUCGUACAAACAAAGAAUGAAAUCUGAAACCUUUGAGCCUGUUAAGUGGUAAUUCCUGUUUUUAUGUGACAUCCAGGUUGUGCAGCUAAAGAGUAACAAGUAACAGAUGAAACUUGAUUGCAUGGCUCAGUUUUCUUUAAGUUCUUAUUGAUCAGAACUAGGCACAACAUGUUUCUAUCUGUGGAGAAAUUUUUCUAAUCAUUUUUAAAGUUGUGAAGAACUACGUAAUUACCUGCACAGAGGUUAUGUUUUCUUGUUCAGUUUGUUUGUUUGUCAUCGGGAUUAUGGAAAAACUCCAGGCCUGAUUUCCAUUCAACUUGGUGCGAGGGUGUAGCAUGGGCCAAGGUAGCACCCAUUAAAUUUUGGAGUGGAUUCAAAUCACGGGGCAGAUACACAAAUUCACUUUCAUUAACAUUGCAAGAUAGGGCCUCCUUGGCGGAGGUCUGCCCUCUCUGGUGCCCUUCUAGUUAAUAUAAUGAGUUCUGAGAGUUCAUUGUUUGGUCCAUUUUACCCAUCAACUUUGUUAAAAUGCUCAAUCAGUAUUCUCUGUGAUUCUCAACCACUAAGCAUCAACAGAGCAAACAUUUUUAGAGAUGUUGUUAUGUCCUGGGAGGACAGAGCCAUGCAUUGCAGUUUCAUUUUGCUUGUACUCUAAAAACAAUCUGAAUGGUACUUAAAUAUUUCUUAAAAAAUGUAAUAUCCUUUAAUGUCUGCUGCUUUAGACAUAUUUCACAAAAUGGGGUAACCACUAGUAAACAUACACCUCUUUUUAGUAACUUCAAAAGCCUCAAAUAGUACAACUCGCCUCACCUGAAUGCUACACUAGAAGAGGAGGAGACAGGGUUUGACGUGGUGACAGUAAUGUGGUCAGUAGCAUAAACUCCAUGCUGCCUGCUCUCACCCUCUUGCACUGUUAAGACUGACAAAAAAUACUUAGUAAUUAAUAUAGUAUCCUACAUUAAUUCAGGAAAUGAAGCUACUGAUGGAUGACACAAAGCAAGUCAUGUUCAAAUCCAGCACCACACCUUGUAGGAAGUGCCAUUUAACAUGGCUGCUUUAGUUUUUGAAAGUUCUGACACAAAUGGUGCAUGUGAUGUAGCAGGUGGAGGACACCUACAGAUCUACUAUUGCUGCUGUAUUCAUCAUUCUGCAUAACACCACACCACUAAUUAUACCUCUCAGCUGCUGCAGUUGGACCAUUAUGUAACUUUAAUACUAAUUUAUAGGUCACUGUAGGCUGCAUGCAAAGCCUCCCUAGUUAUCAUCUUUUAUAUAAAAACAGUUUCCUACAACACGCAAAAGCAUUGUGAGAAAAAAAUGAUCAGCCUAUUUCUGAGACAGCUCUUCUAAUUUGUAUUUUCCCAAAAUAUUCUAUUCAUGUUUAAUUGAACAAUAUUGAUUCUUUUUUUUUGUUUUUUUCUACAGGAGUGCAACAUGAGUUUUAUACAGAGCACAAAAAGUAUUUACAGUAUACUGUACCAUCCCUAAAGCACGGCUAGCCUAUAGGCACUUACCUUCAGAAACACAAUAAAUAAAAUCCAAUAUAUAGAAAUGUUUAAACAAUAACAGUUUAUAACCAAGACUAUAAAAUGUUGAGACGGGGCUACCCAGAUAAGGAGACAAAAUAAAUGUUAAUGUACUUUAAGCCUACAAUGGAGGGCACAAUUUUAUUUACACAAUUGGUGGAAAGUAACUAGAUACAUUUACUCAACUCCUGUACUUGCAACACGUUCUCACUCCAACCUCAUAUAUCAACAUUUAGUCAUGGACUUUCCACGUCCACAUAUGACGUGCAAGGUAUCCUUGGUGCUUUGGUUGUUGACAUUCUGGGACGCCGUGUCAAGUUCUGCAUAUUACAUGCAUUGUAAGCAGUACAACAAUGCAAAUUGACUUUUUUUGUUUAGGCAAUAAAAAUGUGGUUAGGUUUAGGAAGAAAGAACAGGAUUUGGCUUUGUAAUCUUACAGGACACAAACACCGCCCUCCCAGGUGAAAGUUGUCGUUUGUACUUAAAGGAUAAUUCAGAUCUUUGACUGGCUGUUAAUGGCUACAGUUCCCCAUCUAUGCUUUUGUCAAACCCACCAGACUCCAUUAAGAAAAACAGUCAUUUUAGAUCGCUGAACUUGGGAGCUGCUGGUAUACCACUGCCUCAGUCAAUUAGUUUGUUUGUGUUACUGUGUGACUUUUGGGAAUCCGAACUAACCCUUGUACAUGUCUGUUCAGAUGAUGUUAAAUUACUGUGUUUGUCAGUGGAGUCUGGCUGUGAAGACAGUGAUAUAAUGGCUUCAAUUCCCUGUCUGAAAUCGCUGUCCGACAGUAAGGUGAAGGGGUUAGAAUAGUGUGAAUAUAGCCUACACUUACAAUGAUAUUGAUCCUUUUAGAUGGGACUUUUUUAAGUGGCUAAAAUAUGUUUUGCUACUUCCCUUGUUCACAUUGCUUAGUUUCUUCCACACUCUUUUUUGUGGCUAAGCAACUCAUACAGCCCCACUUCAAAAUAUCUGAACUAUCCCUUUAAGUACAAUUUUUAGAUGCUUGCACUAAGUUAAGUAUAUGUUGAUGCUGACAUCUUCACACAGUGAGAAUACAACUCUUUAACAUGUUAACAAUACUGCAAUGCAGUAAUUUGUUCAAUUUCAGAAAAUAGCCAGGCGCACAGCACAGAUGAUUCUUUAUGCACCCUAACACUUUGCUAUGCAAAUCCAAACACAGUGGUUGUCAUGAUUCAACAUCAGCUACAUGUAAAAAAUCAUAUCCCCUUAACUGAGAUAGUCCCUGCAUCCAUAUAUUUUACUGAUUCACUGUAAAAUGAUGCUGCUCUCCAGGCCACACAACAAGCCAACAAAAGGACUGAGAUACACAACAAGUUCAGGAUGUUCUCCUGCCUUCUGUGUGAGAAAGCCUCCAGCCCCUGGAAAAAGGAAGCAGAUAAAUACAUUCACUGAAAGUGCAGCAAGCAAUAUAGAAUGAGCACGGGUUCCUUUUGCCUCCUACAUCAUAUGCAGAAUUUGGUAGUCUCAUGCAGUGGUGAUUCUUACUCUUCAUUCUGAACUACUUAUGCAAAAUUUGAGCUUUUUGUUUCAGAUGUAAUUUAUCUUUAUUAAGGUAGUUUAUUUAUUUUCUAAUAAAACAUAUAUUUAAUUCACCAGGGACAAAUUUGAAGCUUUCACUGUGGGAAAAAAACAAAUAAAAAAGGUACAUUAGGGGGAGUGUUUAGGAGUUGUACUGUCACUCGGUCAUAUUUAAUCUGACAGAAGAGUGACUUUCAUUGCCUCUUAACUGGAUAGUGUGUCAAAAAAAUGUAGAUUGUUGAGAAGGUACAGCUCAUAUCUGUAUUCCCAUCUCAGGGUGCCUACCGAACAUUUAGUCGUGUUACACAGUUGUCCGAAACAUUUGCAGUGUAUUAGCUGCCAUAUAAGGGAGUGUGAAGACAUUUCAGAGGGAUAUUUUGUAAAUUAGUGUCAGUGUGGUUUUUAACUGUGGUAUAUUGUUAAUGGCGAUGUAUUCAAAAUGUGUUUUUUUUUAUAUAUGUGAAGCUCAAUAACCCCACACAAUUAACAGGUUAUUACCAGAUAAUGCUUAACCUCCCUUUCCAUUAACUCUUCUACAGUUGCAAAGUGCAUCUAAAACAACCUCUGGCUUAGUUGGCAUGUACAUCGCAUCACUACAUAUAUUUGCUUUUCAGUGUGGAGUGAUGGAAUCAACUUCUAAUUGCACAAAUAUCCAAGAAUGACGUUCGACAUUCAUAAUUUUAAUGGUUUUGGUUGGUUGUUUUUUUACACAUUUAAAUUCAUUGCACAUUUGUGUGUUCUUAUACAGGGUAAAAAAUGUGCAAAGCCAUAAAUCAAGAAUGAUAACAGAUGCAAAGCUCAAAGUCGUACUAUAAAUAUUCAUGGGAUAGGACAGAUGCGAGAGCUUUGCAAGCAGAGGAGAAAUAUUUGGAAGCAAACAAUGACAUUUGCCGUGCAGAGGAGGGUAGAAAUCAGGGGUACAUAAAGUUUUCAUUUAAGAGAUGGGAUUUAGAUCAAUAAAGGGAGUGACUAUGUGCUCCUGACAAGAGAGGUGAGAAGGUCAUUCCACCACUGGGAAUGCAGGAGUGGUAUCCAGGUCGCCGCGGGGAAGGAAGAGCUGAACAGCAACACACACACAUACCCACACACAAAAAGAUGUUGUUAGAGUGCAGAGAAAACGAAUGCUCAGACAUCUAGAGAGUGUUUUAGAUGCACUUGGCGGGAUGCAAAGACAUUUAAACACUUUAAACCAAAGAAACGGGCAUAGCUGAUGGACAUUAGGUGUACAAACACUUUGUUAUUGCUGGGGGAAAUUGUAUAACACCUUGGGUCCUUUGAGGUCUUUUUUUCAUUCAAAAGUACUGCCUUACAGUUAACACAAUAGUGUCAAAUUUUGAAUAUCAUGGCAAGUGCCAUAUUUUCUAUUAACAACAAACCCAUUCAGCAAACCUAGUUCACCUCCAUACUGCUUCUUUUUAUGUAUUCAGGAGAGUCGUCUAUAGAAAGUUUUCUCUUCAACAUCCCACAGAAGUUCACACGCAGGCCUCGGGCGGGGGACUCAAUUGCCGAAACAGAAGAACAAAUAUUAUCUUUUUCUCCUUUGUGUUUUCUUUCUAUACACCCCUCAGCGACAUUAUGUAACCAUGUUCAUUUGUGUUCCCUAUGCUCACUGUUGGCACCCUUACUUUGGGCCUUUUUCUCCAUGUGACCAAAUAUGACACCUUGCUCGUCAGCUUAAAGGACAGAUUCGCACACCACUUUUUUGUGCAGCACAACCUCACAGCUUUAAAACUAACCACUCUGCUGCAAUUUCUCACUGGGCUUUAACACAGAAUAAUAUUUAGUCUUCCAAAUCUUAUGAUGAAUCUUGUUUUCAAAAUUGGAAAGCUGGCAUUAUUAAAAUGUUUUCUUUCUGAAAAACAUGUUCAUAAAACCACUUUUUAUUAGUUUUAUAAACUGGAUUUGAAAAAACCUCCAGCUUUUGGGUGUAAGUUAAUAAAACCUGAAAGAAAGCGUAGUUUGGGACGUUAUUUCAUUCUCUGCCACAUAAAUAUGAUGCGGCAAGCUUCCUAUUUUCAAAAAGGAAAUGUAUCCUGGUGUUUGACUGCCAUGUUGGAGUGUUUUUACACCAGGUGAGAUACUGCAGAGGAGUGUCAAGUUAGUUUCUCACAACAGAAGCUACAGGUGUGCUAUGUUUGAUUGUAACUGAGGCAAAAAAAAAGAAAAGAAAAAAAAACAUGUUAA